AUGUUAAAGAGGCGUACAUGUCUGGCUGCUGAAAGUGGUGUGAAGAUGGGUCUAUUAUUAAUUUUGAUUAUUGCUACAUUGUUACUUCUACAAGUAGAAACAAUUCAUUUGAAUUUAUCCAAUGUCGAGGAACAAUUGUUAUACAAAAAUAUGGACAAUCGAGAAAAGUUCGAUAAAUUCUUUCAAAUGUUAUCGUCUUCAAAGGAUUCUGGUGUGUAUAGGAUGAAUAGUGUUAAUACAUCAUUUGCCAGGCAUAAUCCAAAUGAUAUAAAAAAUUUAAGCAACAUGUGUUUUAAAUCAUCGUAUGAUUUGCUUGAUGCAUUUAACAUAACAGGGAAAGAUUUAAGUCAAAAUGAUAUUAAACGAUUAUUACCAGCUUUGGCUAGUCUUAAACUUAAUAAUGACUGUUAUAAACCACGAAAGAAGUCACGUUUGGCAAGUAAGGAUAUUUUGAUCGGUUUUAUAUGUGUAACAAUUGUAAAUUUAUCAGCAUUUGGCGGUAUUUUUAUAUUACCUUGGAGUAAAACAAGAGCAUUUAAAUGGAUUUUAACCACUUUGAUUGGCUUAGACGCUGGACAUUCUUAUUUGGGUAAAACACUAUUAACUAUGUUAAUUAUCUGUUUAUUAUUUAUGAGAGACGAGUUAUUAAAUAUAAUUUUCAAUAUUGAAACGAAUAAUGAACCAAUAACUGAUUCUGAUAUUCGUCGUGCAAGUAUUGUUUCUUUUGAUCAAACAAAUAAAAGUAAGAAGAAGCAAAAUUUGUUGUAUAAUUUGAAAAAAAUGAAACAAAGUGGUUGGCUAAUAUUUAUUGGUGAUUUGUGUCAUGCAUUUAUUGAUGGUUUAACAUUGGGUGCAGCAUUUGGUGUUAGUUUAGCUGAAGGGUUACAGAUGACUGUGCCAAUUUUAUGUGAAGAAUUUCCCCACAAAUUAGGAGAUCUUGCUGUUUUAUUAACAAGUGGUUUAACAAUAUCACAAGCAUUAUUAAUGAAUUUUAUAUCAACGUGUAGUUGUUAUUUGGGAUUUUUUAUUGCGAUAAAAUUAGGUGGCAUGGGCGAUUUUCAUCAAUGGAUAUAUGCGUUAGCUGGCGGAUUGUUUAUCUAUAUUGGACUUGCCGAUAUGGUGAAUAAAAUAGAGUUUUUGUCCUUAAACGUGUCUACAUCCUUUGCUACUAACCUGUGUCCUGCUUCUCUUAGUUAAUAGAGUAUAUACACACACAUAUACGCCAGAUUUUCAGACUGUCAGAUUCUUCAUCUAUAUUUGAUCUUGUUCUAAGGAUGUUAAUGUUGAAGUUUUGUAAUAUCGGCGCCUGUUUGGGGACUGAUAAUUACCCGUCUGUAUUCUACUGGAAAAAUCUACUUCAUGCAUUAGUUAAUCUGCAGAAAAACAUUGUUAGGUGUUCGUUCAUUAUUAAAGUUCCUAUACCAUAUUAUAAAGUUUUGCUAGUGACAAUUUAACCUUGAGAGAGAUUAGAUUAGAGUAUCAGGAACUAGAGACACGUAUCUAAUAUUAUUUUUGCCUGAAGUUUAUUCCUACCAAUUCUCUCCAAUCAGAAUUACUGAGAAAUCAUAAAAGUGAGAAUAUGCUCUCAGAACGCAUUUAUUUUAUAUUAAAGAGAUCGAAAACGUCAGAAUACAACCUAAGAGUUUCAAAAGCCUCUAUAUUUACUUCGUGCUUUCCCUACUCUCUACCACUUUUCGUUCUCGAGUUAUUGAGAGAAUAUUCACGUCCACACUGUUGUGAAUGGAUAGUUACUGUAGAUACAACUUUUUGUCGAUUAUGAAACUAUGGACGAAAUGAAAAGUUAAAAGAUGGAUAUUCGUCCUAGACAAAUUUACCCCAAACUCAGUAUUCCUACGAAUUUUGCGUCGUAUUCAGAUGUUUUCUACCUCUUUAAUGCAAAAUAAACGCAUUCUGAGAGCAUGCUCUACAGGAGAAAAGAUUUCUGCACCUUUUGAACUGUUUUCGAAUUAUUCAGAUACUUCUGUUUAUCGACGGUGUAAUUAAAUUUGAAUAAUGUAAGCUGGUGCACUCUAAAAUUCAAUUUUCUGAGUGAAAACAGCAUUUUACUUAUGAGGGAAUCCCGUUUGUCUAACGAAGAAUCCUAUGGGAGUGAUCCUUUCCGUUUCCAAUGAUUUACACGUCGAUCGAUAGGGUAUAUCGAGGUAGUAAAAUGCUAAAAAGGAUUUGUGCCUUAAAAUUCCCAAAACAAAGAUUGUUCAAUGCACUUUUUAACGCUGAUUCGAAACAUCAUCUUGGUUAUGAGAAAAAACAAAAAUUUGAUGAUGAAAACGUUAACUUAUAGCUAACUUUUGAAAGAAAAGCUAUGGGCUCAAAUCCCGUUUAGCUUUUUACUACCUCUAUAUACCUUAUCGAUCGACGUAUGAAUCAUUGGAAACAGAACGUCUUAAUCUUUUACUCUUUUCCUUCUUUACUGUUUUGCUCUUUAACAAAAGACUGUUUAGAAAGCAGUAAAGAGGGAAAAGAGUAAAAUAAAGGCAUGGACACAAUAGAGGGGGGGGGGGGGGGGGGGGGGGGGGGGGGGGGGGGGGGGGGGGGGGGGGGGGGGGGGGGGGGGGGGGGGGGGGGGGGGGGGGGGGGGGGGGGGGGGGGGGGGGGGGGGGGGGGGGGGGGGGGG